AUGGCGACCCCGAGCGCGGCGUCGCAGCCGCUCCAUCUACACUCGCGUGUCAGAUGUGGCAAUCUAGGCUAUGGUGAAGUUCUCUUCGUCGGCCAGACCUCUUUCGCAGCCGGGGUUUGGGUCGGUGUCGAGCUCGAUGACCAGAACGGCAAGAACAACGGCUCUGUUCAAGGCAAGCGCUACUUCGAGUGUGAAGAUGGCUACGGCGUCUUCGUCCGUCCGAGCCAAGUCCACGUACUAUCACCAGAGGAAGAGAUGCAUAGCAUAGACGACGAGCUCGUACCACAACCAGCACCGGCCGCACGAGCGACGCGUCCGGGAGUCGCAUCCACCCCUUCUGCCGCCGCCGCCGCGUCCCGUCUCAGCCCGACGAAAGGCACAGCUUCGACACCAGCCAGAGCACCAGCACCGCGAGCCAGCUUGGCGCCAGGUGCGCCUCCUUCCGUGAUUAGGAGGACGAGCGCCACCAGCGUCGGUAGCAGCGUCUCUUCAGUAUCAGCAUCACGACCGCCAACUUCGGCCAGCAUAUCAUCACGCACCGCCUCGCCUGUCAAACCUGCCGCCGGGGUGCGAUCACCCGUGAAACCAGCUGUCGCUGGUCGUCCAUCCAUCGCUUCGGGCGCAGCACGCUCGGCAGCGGCCAGCACCCUUGCAAGCAGAACCGCCUCGCCAGCCACGCCAGCCGCGCCUGGGCGGACCGUCAGAUCGACUGCCGCUUCCGCAUCCUCUGCCACUCCCAGCACAAGGACACCAGCAGCAACGAGUGCAAGCAUCACUCGGACAGCGGCACGUCCGACCGCCACUGCAUCAUCUUCGACAACCUCAGCGAAACCACAAACCCCAUCAGCUGCCAGAGCAGGUCUUCGGCCCGUUGCUACCAGUCGACCCUCCAUGUUAGCCGGCGGUGCCCGCACUGCUACCUCAAGCCCGAGUGUAACCUCGGCGUCCCGCGUUGCUGCCGCGCGCUCGGCAGCAGCAGCAUCUGCUCCGACCACGCGCGCCGGAAGCUCCGCCAGUGCGGUCUCUCGUGCAGGAAGCUCCCUUGCGCCUUCACGACUGGGUCCGAGGAGCUCAGGAGGAAGCGCAGUCAGCUCGGGCCGCACGAGCGCAUCACAUCAGCUGCUCGAUCUGGACGACGUGUACGACGAAGACGAAGCCACCUAUGAUCAAGAUCUUCUUAGUGCAGGCCGUCUUUCGGAUGCUGCUCCACAAGAACCUGCAGAGGACGACGACUUAGCCGACGAAGCGGACCAGACGAUCUCUGCCGACACAGUCGCAGACUCGGCGCUCCGAUCCACCAAAUCGCUCAACAAGUCAACACGCGACUUCAUGAGCCUCGUCGAGCCCUCUCCCAGCACCGCGAAUCUUCGGUCUUCAGCCGAAUUUGGCGCACUGCAGAAGGAAGUCGAAGAGCUGCGUGCCAAGGUGCGCGUUCUCGAAAAGAAGCGCGAUGACGAGCGCAGUCGUAUCUCAGAGCUCGAGAGACAAAAGGAGGAGGCCGAGCAGUCGAUCGCCGCGGCACCCAAACUCACAGCCAAGGUGCAAGAGCUGCAGGCUGAGCUCAAGGACCAGAAGAAGCUCGAAAAGGACUGGGCCAUGCAGAAGGAUGACUUUGAGCGCCAGCUCUCGCGCGUCAACGACGAGCUCGAGUCUUUGACGCUCGAUCGCGAGAUGGCGGAAGAGAAGGCAGAGACAGCUGCUCUCGAGGCGGAGGAGCACCUCCUGUCGCUUGAGGCCGCCAAUGCCAAGAUUCGAGCCUUGGAGAAGGAUAUGAAUCCGAAUCUCUUGAGGCGUCGCGCGGCUGCCGGCGCUGGAGAUGGAAACCAGGAAGGCGAUGCCCGUGGAGAUGCUGAAGGCGAAAAGGGAGGCGAGGCCAACUACUCUGCCGCCUCAGAAUUGCUGCAGCGCGAGAACGAUCAGCUCCGUCGCGUGCUUCGUGAUCUUCGGGACCGCUCCAACGAGACCGAAGGCGAGCACCGUCGCAAGAUCAUCGAGCUCGAGCGCGAAAACGCCGAGCUUAUCGAGCUCAACUCGACCAACGAUUCGUUGCUGCCCGAACUCGAGAAUGCCGAGUCGAUGAUCGAGGAUCUCAAGCUGCAGCUCGACGAUGCCCUCGGCGCACAAGACCUCGUCGAGCAGCUCACCGAGCGCAACUUGCAGCUGAGUGACCUGGUCAAGAAGCUUCGAGACGAGAUAGAAGAGCACGAGACGAUGGCCGAGAUCAACAACGAGCUCGAGGAGCAGCACACCAUCAACGAGAAGGAGCUGCGUGAGGAGAUCGAUCAAGGCGAAUCGCGUAUCCGCGACCUACAAGCGCGCAAUGAGGGGCUCGAGAACAACGCGGUCGAUUAUCAGAACACCUUCGCGCAGUUCCGCGAUCUCGUCUCGAACUUGCAGAGCGAGUUGGAGGCGGCCAAGGCUGAGCAAGCCGAGUACGGAGGUGGGGCCGGCGCAGGACGCAAGGAUCUCGCAGAUCAGGCCAUGCUCAACCUCAACCUCAAGCUUCAGUCGAGCGCGCUCAAGAGUCAGGCCAAGACAAUCGACCUUGAGCUGGGACGACUGCAAGCAUCGCAAGCGACCUCGCAUCUCGAGAUGGUGCGCUCCUACUUGCCGAGCGCCUACUUUGAAGCAGAUGCAGACGCGGUCAACUGCCUGCUCUUCUUCCGCCGCAUGGCUAUCAAGUCGGACUUGAUCAAGUCGAUCGUCGAGACCAAUCACGACAUUCAGGAGAGCCUGUCAGGCAUCGUACCCGAGAUCAUGGUCAGCGUGUGCCAGAUGCGUCAUUCGAUCGCUCACUUCAGCGCGCUGUCUCGACAGAUCGCGGCGGUGCUGCGUCUCGCGCCGACGGAAGUUUUCCUCCGCGGCGGGCGCAUGUAUCGCGAGAACAUGGCCAUCGAGCGCAAGAUCGACUCGUUUAUUGCAGCGCUGCGACGCGAAGAGCUCAAGGAGCAAGAGUGUGGCCUCGAAUUUGGGCGCUUCGUCAAACAAUUCGAGGACUUCAACAUGGCUCUGGGUGGCGACGAGAACGACAGCGAUCUGGCCGCCAAAGAAGUAGGAUCGGCGAAUCUGAUCGACCACGACCUCGAAACGCUCAUCGCGGCGCUCGGGUAUGCCAAGCAGCAGCUUGCCCAGCUGUACGCCGACGACGAUGUCGAGUGGGAGAUGGGCAACAAGAACAUCGAGGACGACCUGUUCGAUCCCAUGCAGGAACUCAUCAAUCGCAUCCGCAAUACAAAGGUGCUGACACGCAAGGUGUUGCGCCGGCUCUUGAGCUUGGCCGAGAACGACGAGGCGGUGCGCAUGGAGGCCAUUAUGAAUCUACCGCCGCUGGGCAGGCUCACGUCGCAGCUGGUGACGUUCGCCACACAGCUGUCCGAGUCGAUCUCGGCAUACGUCGCCGAGGCGCGAUCGUCCAAAACGGUCUUCGAGAUCGCCAAGGUGACUGAGAUGGUGGAAGAGGCGACGCAGGAAGGGCUCGGCAAGACGGAUGCCAGUCUGUGGUCCGGCCCACUCUCGUCUACUUCGCAUCUCUCCACCACCAUCCAAACCGUGCUCACCGCCAUUGUCGAGCAGGACAACGUCAUCCGUAUCGAUGGUCCCGGACCCUGGCUGGCACGCGCCGAGGACAUCAAGACGCAAGCGGCGCAAAACCCGGAACUCGAUCGACAGGUGGCGAAGCUCAGCGAAGACGCGCGCGACCUGCUGCGUCAAGUCAAAGCACGCGAUCAAGCGCUGCAGGAGGGCUCGAUCAAGAUCGAACGCCUUCAAAAGCAACUCGAAAAAUCCAAGGCGCAGGUGGACGAGCACAGCGAUGUGCGUGCUACGCUCGCCGAGACGCAGCGUCAAGCCAAGGCGUACCAGGACGCCAACGAUGCGUUGCAGAGCGAGAUCGAGGCGCUGCAGAAGGAUCACGACCGGCUCAAGGCACAAGUGGCUGCUGCUCCUGCUGACGGCGUCAAUGCGUUGGCUGCGAACGGCGAUGCACAGGCAGGCGGCGUGGGCCGUGCAUUGCCAGACGGGGCCUUGGAGGCGGGCGCCAGCUACAGCAGCCUGGAAACGUCGUAUCUGGUGGAUCAGCUGGAAGCGCUCAAAGGCGCGCUCAAGCAUUUGCGCAACGAAAACGCCGUGCUCAAAGGCAGCGCGCUGCUGCAGCAGAUGGAGGCUCUGCCGGCGCUCGUGCGGCGUUCGCAGCGUGCAGCCGAUGCGAAGGAGGGCGGCGACGAGAGCGACACCAAGAACGUCGGCGAACCCGUCCAGCGUGCUGCACCGCGUCCGACUCGCAAAGUCAACAGCAGCGCUGGUGGAUCCGUCCGUGCAGAGGCGAAGCAGCUCUACACCUCUGCGCUCACGACGCUGGCUCUGUCUAGCGUUGUCGAUCUCACGCCGCUCGCAAGGAAGCCGUCCGGAUCCGCGGACAAGGAGGAAUCGCAGAGCAAGGGCGGUCGACCAUGGCUGCCUUAUCACAAGCAACCAGAGGUGCAGCUGGAGCAGCAGAAGCAGACCAGGGCGCGGUUGGCGAGACAGUUGUCGGCUCUGUCGGAGCGCUUGGCGCCUGCAGUCGGGCCAGCAGCGACGGUCGCCCUUCGGACUGUGACAGCGUGA